AUGCAACAACCAACGACCAACAACCACACGUUGGAACGCCUCACGCAGGGGUCCGAGCGGUCAGGGGAAAUUUUCACCACCAGAAGAACAAAGCCAGCUAUCACAGCCACCCUCCUCGGGCUGGAAGCUCUGCCAGUCGACCUCCCCCAGCGUCGAGUCAUGCCAUCCGAUCAGCCCCGAGAGCAGUCGAGCCGGGUUCCACACCCCAAAUUUGUGAAAUCAGCCCCAGAGUCCAAGAAUUUAGUCAUCCGCCCGCCAGGGGACUUCCUCUGGGUGGACUACCAGGAUGAUAAAUCACAGGGCCGCGAGCUGUCCCGGUCCAAACAGGCCUUUGUCCGGACGCGACACCAUCGCAUGCGUAGGGAGAAGCAGCUGCAGCAAUUAAAGGCUCCCAGCGGGCACUGCCCGCCAGCCUCGGAUCCUGCGGCCGCCCCCUCGUCCAAGCCAAGUCGCCGGCGGCAGCCCAAGAAAGAGCCGCAGGGCGAUGAAGGUGAGCUCAUUCGGGUUCAGGAGCCGCCUGUUUUUGUCACCUCGCUCGAAGCAGGAGUCCUCGACGGGGCGCCCGCCCUUUCGAUUGCCAUUAACCAAAAUCCCAAUCUCUAUUUCCAACAUUAUCGAAUCCAUAGCUCAAGAUCAUGUUUCCCGCUCUGCUCCAGCGGCGUAGUGGUCUGGUUCUGGCAAAAGGCACUUGAGGACCCUGCCUUGAUGCAGAUUAAGUUAUCUAUCAGUGCCUCGCACCGAGCUGCCAUUCUGGAGGCGUGUGGUGCGCCUGCAGAGGCCGUGAUGAAACCCGCGCAAGAUGCACUGCGUCUCCGCGUUGGGACCAUCAAAUCGGUUCAAGAGAUAUUACAAAAUAAGACCAGGGUAUACUCCGAGUCGACCGUCUUUCUUAUUGCCCACCUCAUUGUUUCAGAAGGAGUGGAAGGCAAUGUGGAGGCCGUCGAGGCGCAUAUGAAUGGCAUGGAAAAAAUAAUUGUCGCGACAGGCGGUAUGGACCAGCUGGAGUUUGGCACACUGGCCAUGGUCUAUAGUUGCGUGUUCUUGCGAAGCAUGAUUAAAAACGCUCCGCCGGCACUCCCGAUGUGCAAGAAAUAUCAAGAAAGAGUCUUUAAAGAGUCCGUCUUUUUCAAAGCGAAUAACCGAUUUACGAAACUCGCCAAAAUCGGCACCCGGUUCUUCACCUCUUCCUGGUCAAGAGACCUCCCUCCGUCAUUCAGAUCAAUUAUCUCCCUAUUUCAGCAGCUAGUGGCCUAUUACGAGAGCCUGGACAUCUCGGUCGCCGAGCCGAUGUCGGUCGAGAAUGAUUGCUUAUUGUACCUCUCAUAUCGACUAUUGUGGCUUCCAGAACAAUGCACGCUCACCCCCUUCCAAGAAACCCUCCGCUUAUCCAUCGUGGUCUACGCCUCUGUCCGCAUCUGGACCUUCUACGGCAUGCCCUGUCUGGAAGCCCUGGUCGAACGGCUCCAGGAGAGCCUAUAUAAGAGUCUUCCGGUGCUUCGGAGCACGGCCUCCGACCUGCUGUUCUGGAUCCUGUUCAUCGGCAGCCUGGCAUCGAAGCGAAUGAAGUGUCACUCGUGGUUCUUGGCCCAACUUAUGGAUUCCGCGGACCAAUUAUUAUUGGAAGGGUGGGAGAGCGCGAUUGCGGUAUUGGAGAAAUUCUUCUUUGUGUGUCGGCCGAAAGAUGAGCCGGCUAGAGAAUUAUGGCAUGCUGCGUUUCGCGCUGUCAACAUCAUUGUAUAA